AUGCCCAAAAAAGUCUCAUUAGCAGACGCACCAGCUGAAUGGGAAAAAUAUAUGAUAUCUUCCCAUGAUACAGAGCAUUCAUACGAGUACUACUUAAGAUCCUCGCCAGAUCUUGACCACGUCAGUCUUGAACCACACGACUUCAUAGAAUGGGACGAAGAGGAUAGUGAUGAAGAGGAUGCUACAGCUCUCGAUAUAUUUGUAGGGCUCCCUCACUAUGUGCUUGCUAUUGUCCUCGCCACAAAAUCUGCCUUCCCGUCUUCUCUCACCUCCACUACUGUGUGA